AAACACUGCAGUCCAUAAGAAGCUGCUGACUUCACCUGCACAGACAUGGCUCCCUGCCCCAUCGGCUACACCUCUAUUCACCACAUCAGGAUCUCUGAGAAAGACAACAUCAAAUUGAGAAAACCUGCUGUGGAGAAAAUGCGCAGAGAUCGCAUUAACAGCUGCAUCGAACAACUCAAGAUCAUUCUGGAGAAGGAGUUCCACAAGCAGGAGCCCAACUCCAAGCUGGAGAAAGCCGACAUCCUGGAGAUGACUGUGAGCUUCCUGAGGCAGCAGCUGCAGCCAGGCCCCUGUCAGAGCGACUACAACCAAGGCUACUCUCACUGCUGGAGGGACUCAGUGCACUUCCUGUCUGCUGGAUCCAACGCAGAGAACUCUGUCACAUCUCUGCAGGUCCUCCAGCAGCAGGAGCAGCAGCUCCAUCAGACCCAGAGAGCCAGCAGCCCCUCCCAAGUCUGCUCCUCCCUCAGGCCCACCAUGCUGCAGGACAGCAGCAGCAGAGGCCCUGUUUGGAGGCCUUGGUAGAGACUAUCAGAGACCUGAGGGGGCUUUCCCUCACUAUGUAGGAAAUAUGUUUCCAGCCUGCUCAUUCAUAAUGGGUUUAAUUAUUGUCUCAUCACAUUGAUGGACAAGUAGUAAAAGCAAAGGCUCUCACUUAUUUGAAGGUUGUCCUGCUUUGACUUUGAUUCACAUUUGAUGUUUGCUCUUCAGUUGUGUUUAAAGCUGAAAGUUGAUUUUGAGUGAUAAUGGUUUUGUCAAAUCUUGUGAAAUGACUGUAUACUCCAGUGGAGUUGAUCUUUGGACUGCUUGAUGUAACAGUAUCUGCCAUACUUAUACUGACAGCUGCUGUUGAGAAUAUUUCUCUUGGGUUUUGAGUUGUCUAUGCCAAAUUGUAUGUGAGGAUGAGGAUCAUGAGGAUGAUGAUAAAGGUGUGUGUGUUGGUGUGUUUGUGCAAGUUGAUGCACAUAUAAACAUUUGUGUUGAUGUUGCUGUUCUGCUUUCACAUUUAGGCUCUUAAAACGCAUUUCAAACAUUUUUAUGACAAUUAACAAUAAAAGAUACAAUCAUUA